CCCCACUCAACCAAGUGCAAAUGCUGUAGCCAGUAGCAAUCUGUUUGCACCUUGUACCUUGACGGCUCGAUACAGAAGGGCACCGACGCUUGCAGGUCGCUUUCCCCUGAGCAUCUGCAACCACCGUUCGGCACCUUUGCGAGAGACCUCUGGAUUCACAGCGUCCCAUCGAACAAUAGUUCGUUACCCUUAGCUCAAGGGCCACACCUAAUUUCUGGCUAUUCCUGGUUUAUGAAUCGCCUGCCUCGGGCCACGCACUACGCAUCUCCACUUCGUAGUACCCUUUUGGCAGGGGUUCCCACCAACGCUGCAAUUCCUUUCUUUUUGUUGCUGCAACUCGCUCGGCGACAGAUUCAUCUCUUCACUCCCUUUCGUCAGAGUCACACGCCGCCUCUAGCCACUUCGACGAGUGCGACUCCAGCUAGAUAUCUACUGCACGCUCACACUUGCAAAAUGUCAACCUCUACUAACGACAAGCAGGCAGCACCGCCUGUCAUUAACGGCGAGGCGCCUCAAGCGGCCGCUGCGCCAUCGCAGCAGACGGGGUCCGCGGCGGGUCAACCAGCUGCAGCAGGAGCAGCAGCGGACCAAGAUGCAUCUCAGCAACCUUCCAAAAAGGGGUUGAAGAAAGCAGCUAAAGCUGCCGAGCUCGCUGCCAAAAAAGCGGCCAAGGCCGCGCUCGGAGACGACAAGGCCACUGUUACGUCAGCCAAAAAAGACAAGGCCAAGCCAGCCAAGGAAGCAGCUUCUCCAUCUGCCGCCGCUCCUGCCAAGGACGAUUGGAAGGACCCGACGGUGCCUGGGCAGAAGAAAGACUUGUCCGCUCCGAUGGAGGCGUCGUACAACCCGAUCCACGUUGAGUCGAGCUGGUACGAGUGGUGGGAAGCCGCCCACUUCUACGCUCCACGCCCCGUCACCGAAUCAGACCCGCAUGAUCCAGCCAAGACAUUCGUGGUGCCUAUCCCGCCGCCAAACGUGACAGGGAGUUUACACAUCGGGCACGCGCUGACGAUCAGCAUCCAAGACACGCUGUGCAGGUGGUACCGCAUGCAGGGCUACCGUGUGCUCUACAACCCUGGCUACGACCAUGCGGGUAUCGCCACGCAGGCAGUCGUCGAAAAGCGUCUCGCCAAGCUGGAGAACUUGACGCGUCACGACCUCGGCCGCGAGAAGUUCCUGCAGCGCGUAUUUGCGUGGAAGGACGACUAUGCCGCGCGCAUCGGCAAGCAGCUCCGCCGGCUCGGUGCAAGCUACGACUGGUCACGCGAGGCGUUCACAAUGGAUGAGCAGCGCAGUAAAGCCGUCGUCGAAGCAUUCUGCAGGCUCUAUGCCGAUGGUGUCAUCUACCGCGCUAACAGGCUCGUCAACUGGUGCUGCAAGCUCACCACAACGCUGUCCAACCUCGAAGUCGAACAGCGUCAGCUGGAUGGUCGUACGCUGCUGAGCGUGCCUGGCUACGAUGCGAAGGAGCGCAUAGAGUUUGGCGUCAUCGUUAGCUUUGCGUACCACAUUGAGGGCAGCGAUGAAAAGAUCAUCGUCGCCACCACUCGUCCUGAGACAAUGCUUGGCGAUACGGCCGUGGCUGUGCACCCGGACGACACGCGAUACAAGCACCUGCAUGGCAAGAUGCUCGUCCACCCGUUCAUCCCAGGCAGGCGUGUGCCCAUCGUCACGGACGCCAUCGCCGUCGACAUGGAGUUCGGUACGGGAGCCGUGAAGAUCACGCCCGCGCACGACCCCAACGAUUACGAAGUCGGCAAGCGCCACAACCUCGAGUUCAUCAAUAUACUCAACGAUGAUGGCACGCUCAAUGAGAAUGCUGGACCUUUCAAGGGCAUCAAACGUCUUUCAGCACGAAGGGCAGUGAUCGAAGCGCUGAAGGAGCGCGGUGACUACGUUGAGACGAAGGACAACCCCAUGACGGUGCCCAUCUGCUCGCGCUCGGGCGACGUGAUCGAGCCGGUGAUGAAGCCGCAGUGGUGGGUGAACAGCGGUAAGCUGGCACAAGAGGCGCUUGCGGCGAUCAAAGAGCAAGGCAUCAAGAUUGAGCCGGUGCAGAGCGAGAGGGAAUUCUACCACUGGAUGGAGAAUAUUCAGGAUUGGUGCAUCUCCCGCCAGCUUUGGUGGGGGCAUCGCGUGCCGGCGUACUUUGUCAACGUCUUCGAUCGCCCCGCUGCUGGCGCAGCCGGGACAGAAGAGAGCGACCCGCGCGAGGAUCUGAGCAACUGGGUGAUCGCUCGCACAGAGGAAGAGGCGCACGAACAGGCCAAGAAGGUCGCAAACGGCGCCGCGUACCGACUCGAGCAGGACGAGGACGUCCUGGACACCUGGUUCAGCUCGGGUCUUUGGCCUUUCAGCAUCCUCAACUGGCCCAACCCGCCUGAUGCAGAGGACUUUAACCGCUUCUAUCCCAACAGCCUUCUUGAGACCGGCUGGGACAUUCUCUUCUUCUGGGUUGCGCGUAUGAUCAUGCUCGGCGUCCACUUGACCGGCAAAGUGCCAUUCAAGGAGGUGUUCUGCCACGCGAUGGUGCGUGAUGCACACGGGCGGAAGAUGAGCAAGUCACUCGGCAACGUCAUCGACCCGAUCGACGUCAUCCAGGGUAUUCAGCUCGAGGCGCUGCACGAGCAGCUGCGUCAGGGUAACCUGGACGACAAAGAGGUGCAGAAGGCGAUCCAAGGUCAAAAGAAGGACUUCCCCAAGGGUAUCCCGCAAUGCGGCACCGACGCGCUGCGCCUCGCGCUCUGCGCAUACACCUCGGCAGGGCGCGAUAUCAACCUGGACAUCCUGCGUGUCGAGGGGUACCGCAAGUUCUGUAACAAGCUCUGGAACGCCACACGCUUUGCACUGCUCAAGCUACAGGACGGCUUCCAGCCUACGUCGUACGGCGCACCGCUGACGGGCAACGAGAGCCUCGUUGAGCGUUGGAUCCUCCACAAGCUCGACACAGCGGUCAAGGAAGUCAAUGCGAAUCUCGCAGCGCGCAACUUUAUGAACGCCGUCACCGCCGCAUACAGCUUCUGGCUGUACGAGCUGUGUGACGUGUUCAUCGAGGCGAUCAAGCCCGUCACAGAUCCUGCGAGCAAAGACUACAGCGACAAGGCGUGCUCCAGCGCACAGCACACGCUGUACACGUGCCUCGAUGAGGGGCUAAAACUUCUCCACCCGUUCAUGCCAUACGUGACCGAGGAGUUGUGGCACCGCCUACCGAGGAGGCCCGACGAGACGCAGCAGACCAUCUCGCUCACUGCGUACCCGGCACCCAACAAGCAGGAGCGCGAGAACGACGAGGCUGAGCGCCAGUUCGAACAGGUCUUUGCGGCUGUCAAGACCGUGCGUGGCCUCGCCACGCAGUAUGGCGUAACUUCUGACAUUCAAGUGUUCCUCGAGGCCAAGGACGAUGCAACCGCCACGCUGGUGGGUGGGCAAGACUCUGUGAUCAGCACGCUCGUCAAGGGCUGCCGAUCCGUCAGGGUCGUGCGCUCCGCUGCAGAUGUCCCCGCCGGCUGCGCCGUGUCACAAGUGACCACGACGCUGAACGCGCAUCUGCUCGUGCGCGGGCUCGUCAACAUUGAUCAGGAGCUGGCCAAGCUGGACAAAAAGCUAGACAUCGUCCAGGCGCAGCUGAGCAAGAACGAGGCGCAGCGCACCCAGGCCGACUGGGGCCGGCGGCCGGAGAACGUGCGCAAGCAAGUCGAGGAUGCGUACAAGACCUUGGAGGCCGAGAGGGACGCGAUUGUCUCUGCGAAAAAGAACUUUGAGAGCAUCAAGGGAUGAUGCCGCAAGUCCCUGUGUAAUGUGUACCCAUUAGUAUGAAAGCAGCGUCCG